GGGGUGGGCCCACCACGGAGGUAUGAAAGCCCUCCUGCCCUGACCCUGAGGCAGAGUCUGCAUGGGGGCCCUGGAGCUGGAGGGCCGGGGGAGGAGGCCCCAGGGGAGGGGCUGCUUCCUGCUGGCUGUGGCAGGGGCCACCUCCUUGGUGACCCUACUGCUGGCAGUGCCUAUCACCAUCCUGGCUGUGCUGGCCUUGGUGCCCCAGGAGCAGGGAGGACUGCCCAAGCAGGUCCCAGAGGCAGCUGAUCCUGGGGCCCAGGCCCAACAAGGAGUAGGGUUUCAGCAGCUGCCAGGGCAAGGGGACAGGGAGGUGGAGGACGAUGUGGACCUCAGCACUAGGCUGCCCGCUGCCCACAUCAUAGGCUCUUGGAUGAAGGGACAGGGACUAGGCUGGGAGGCGAACAAAGAAGAAGCUUUUCUGCGGAGCGGGACGCAGUUUUCGGGCGCAGCCGGGCUGGCGCUCCCGCAGGACGGCCUCUACUACCUCUACUGUCACGUCGGCUACCGGGGCCGGGCGCCCCCUGCCGGCGGGGACCCCCGCGGCCGCUCGGUGGUGGUGCUGCGCAGCUCGCUGUACCGCGCAGGGGGCGCCUACGGGCCGGGCGCGCCGCAGCUGCUGCUCGAGGGCGCCGAGACCGUGACCUCCGUGGUGGACUGGGACGGCAGGCGCGAGUACGGGCCGCUGUGGUACACGAGCGUGGGCUUCGGCGGCCUGGUGCAGCUCCGGAGGGGCGAGAGGGUGUACGUCAACAUCAGUCACCCGGAUAUGGUGGACUACAGGAGAGGGAAGACCUCCUUCGGGGCCGUGAUGGUGGGGUGAAGGUUGGCCCCCCCGCCACCGUGACCGUAAGAACAGUCUGCAGGAGGAGAGUGGAAAUAAAGAGUGUGAAAUUGCUGUGCCGA